AUGCGGCUUUUUCUGCACAUACUGCGGUUAACCAGGCGGCACCACGUGGCCCACAGCAUCUGUCACCGCACACCUGUACUCCCAGCAUGCAUCGCUGCCUGCUCAGCCCGUCGCCAUGACAACCGCAGCCACGUCAAAAGACCGGGACCCCGACUAAUAGCCGGCGUGCUGAGCGGCGGCGGGGACGCUCUGUGGGGCUCGCGCCGACAGGAAGAGGAAGUGUGGAGGAAACAGUGUGAGGACCAGGAGCCUGGAAAAGCCGAGAAAUAG